UUAAAUAAGGAUACAAAGAUGGAGAUCUCAAAAACCCUUUUGCUUGUGAUUUCUCUUGUGGCUGCAACUUGUUUCUUGCAAGCCAAGGCAGCUGGAGUUUACUGUGCCAACCCUAAAUCUCGGUGCUACUACAAGACUAUUCAAUGCCCAGAAGAAUGUCCAAGCACAACCGUUAUGAAUUCAAAGAACAAAGUUUGCUACGCCGAUUGCGAUGGACCCACUUGCAGCGCCCACUGCCGCAUGAGGAAACCAAACUGUAACAAACCUGGAUCAGCUUGUUAUGACCCGAGGUUCAUUGGAGGAGACGGCAUUGUGUUCUACUUCCAUGGAAAGAGCAAUGAAGAGUUCAGCCUCGUCUCUGACUCUGACCUUCAGAUCAACGGUAGGUUCAUUGGCCACAGACCCGCUGGUCGUGCCAGAGACUUCACAUGGAUCCAAGCUCUCGGAUUCCUCUUCAACUCCCACAAGUUCUCUCUCGAUGCCGCCAAAUCCGCCACCUGGGACAGCGAAGUAGACCAUCUCAAGUUCACUUUCGAUGGCCAAGAUCUAUCUGUCCCCGAAGAAACUCUCGCCACCUGGUACUCACCAAACAAGGACAUCAAGAUCGAGAGAGUGACAAUGAGAAACAGCGUGAUCGUGACAAUCAAAGACAAGGCCGAGAUCAUGGUUAAUGUUGUUCCAGUGACAAAAGAGGACGACAGGAUCCACAGCUACAAAGUACCAUCAGACGAUUGUUUUGCUCAUCUCGAGGUUCAGUUCAAAUUCUUUAACCUUUCACCAAAUGUCGAUGGAAUCUUGGGACGAACCUACAAACCGGACUUCCAGAAUCCGGCUAAACCUGGAGUCGCAAUGCCAGUGGUUGGUGGUGAAGACAGCUUCAAGACCUCAUCUCUCCUCUCCAAUGACUGUAAAACUUGCAUUUUCUCUGGAUCACAAGCAGAGAUUGAUUCCGUUAAGUCAGAGAUUGAAUAUGCUACUAUGGAUUGUACCCGUGGAGCGUCUUCUGGUAAUGGAAUCAUCUGCAGGAAGUAAAGAAUCAUAUAAAAGCUUGGAUUCACAGAAGAAUAAUACCAGAGAGCACUAGCUUCUGCUGGAGGUUUUUAAGUAUAAAUAAGUGUUGGAUUAACCUCACUAUGUACCACUUAUGCAAUGUAUUAUCCACCAUGUAUUCCAGUUUGUACUAAGCUAAUCAUUGUUAAUGAUUAUGUAAUAUUUAUAAA